GCCCGGCGCCCCCGGACCCCCCGAGUCCUCCGGGAAAGCAGCGACAGCGCGGGGGCACACGAGGGACCCUCCGAUCCCGCUCACCUAGCUUCCUUUAGGAAGGCAGUGAGAGGCGGUGGACUCCAAGGCCUGCCUGGGGGGCGGCCUUUUUGCAGAUAUCCCAGCCCUGUCUGGGAGCUGAGACCCUCAAAAAAGAGGCGGCAGAGCCAGCGCUUUGGGACCACUCUUGGGGGGGCCCCCCUCCCAGUCGCCUCCCCCUGUGCUCCCCUAGCGGGGCGUGUUUCUCCAUCCAAGGGAGGACUUGUCUCCCCAAGGGUGACCAGGGCCACUACGAGGAGAGGUUUUAAGCAAGCCCUCAGCAUGACGGAGAACUCGGCCCCGGCUUCCAAGCCCAAGAAGGCGAAGGCCUCAAAGAAAUCCACGGACCACCCAAAGUACUCGGACAUGAUCGUGGCCGCCAUCCAGGCAGAGAAGAACCGGGCCGGAUCCUCCCGCCAGUCCAUCCAGAAGUACAUUAAGAACCACUACAAAGUGGGAGAGAAUGCAGACUCGCAGAUCAAGUUGUCUAUCAAAAGGCUGGUCACCAAUGGGGUCCUCAAGCAGACCAAAGGGGUGGGUGCCUCGGGCUCCUUCCGGUUAGCCAAGGGCGAUGAGCCCAAGAAACCGGCGGUCAAGAAGGCUAAGAAAGAAGUCAAGAAGGCGGCGACCCCCAGGAGGGCGUCCAAGCCCAAGAAGGCUGCCACCACCAAGGCUCCAGCUAAGAAGCCCAAAGCUGCGGCCAAGAAAGUGAAGAAGAAAGCGGCGGCCACACCGAAGAAAGCCAGGAAGCCCAAAACUGUCAAAGCUAAACCCGUGAAGGCGUCGAAGCCCAAGAAAGCCAAGCCGUCGAAGCCCAAAGCCAAGUCCAGUGCCAAGAAGUCCACCAAGAAGAAGUGAACGCGAAGUCCUUCUGGACACUUUCUGGCGCUUCCCCUGUAAAUAGUUUCCUCCUUUUUUCCCGGCCUAUCCCCAUCCCUUCACCUUGAGCCACUUUCUAUUGCGACUUUGUAAGAGACAGAACAGAACUUUUAUUCCUCGGAAAUUGUUAAAUAAUUCAUAUAUUCUUAACCAAUCAGCCAAGAACAGUCCCAACAGCCAAUCUCCGUAAUCAUGAGACUGUCCUUAAUUUUUGUUUUGGCAACUUGUUUUUUAAGAUCUUUCUGAUGUGAUGGAUUUUAAGUUGGGGGGGGUUAUUUUGUAUAAAGUACUUUUUGCGGGGUGUGGGAAAUUGGGGGGCUGGGGGGUGAACAGAGGGAAGGAGACUGCUUAUCCCACCCAGAAGAAAGGGACAUAACUUAGGUAUGUUUUCUCUCUAGUCACAGCCAUUGGACAGGACUCCAAAAGGCAGGGUCUGGGGCCCCUCUGAGGGGGACAAAGCUUGCAGGGACAAGGAGGAGGCUUGUGGCAGAAAAGGACACUCCUCUAGAUAGAGUACCUUCCCAAAGCACACGGCUGGAUGUUGAGGCGACCUGAAAGAUUCUCCUGAGCUCUCGAUUGGGUUUCAGUUGUUAAUCGUCAUUUGGCUCCCAAACGGAGCAAGAAAGCAGCUAAAUGGAACAGCGUGGAGAGAAAGAAGCUGCAAUAUUAGCCAUCUUUUUGGGGAGAACGUUCCUUUGUGGAUGGGAAAGGGUGUAUUGUCUCCUAACUUCUGGGAGGGUCUUAGGCUGGGGUGGGAACUUUGUCUGAAAGUGGCAAGGAGGAAAGAGUCUGACAAAAGUGCCUGAUCUUACUCUGAGGUUUGUGCUUGUGUGUGUCUGCAUCAUUGUGAUAGCUUUGUUUAUUCCUAAGGGUUGGGUGAUUUUUUUUUUAAAAGCAUUUUCUUGCCUUUUUCUUUUUCCCUUGCUCUGAAGAGUAGGCAGGUUGGCCCAGGAGUGGGGGAGCGGCCGGCCCUGAGCCCUGACUUUGCUGAAUAGCGCAGAAUGGCGAUUUUCCAGCAAGAGUGGGCUCGAGACAGGCUCUCCCUCCAACCCGUGCCCUCCGGUCUAGCUCUUCUCCUCUGGGGUCGCCUUUCUGAACCCCAGCUUUUGUCUAAUGAGCCACGUGUCUACCAUAGAAAAACCCAACCUCUUAGGACUGUUUUUUUUCUGGGUAGUGGUAGUCCUAGAUUAGGGGUGGGGAACUGGGAGGG